UUCCCAGGUGCUAGCAACAGGGCUGAGUGGACUGUAUUCAUCCCUGCCACGGAAGAUUGAGGUACGGGGCGACGACUGGCAUGCCUUGCGGAGGGAGGACUGGAUGGGCGUCUCCUCUCUAGUGCUUUUCAUGAACAGUCUUGAAUUCUGCAACGCUGUAGUACAGGUGGCACACCCUCUUGUGCGCUGCCAACUCCUUGACUACCUCCACAAUGGCUUCCUGGUUCCAGUCAUAGGCCCCGCUCUGCACAAGUCGUCAGUGGAUGAGAUGAUAGCAAGCACGGCAUAUCUGGACUUGUUUUUACGCAGUAUCACAGAAACUUCCCUCCUUAAGACCUUCCUGUGCUUCAUUCUGUUGCAUCGCCAUGACAAUGACACCAUCCUUGAUACACUACUCACACGCAUCAGCAGCAAUUCACGGCUGUGCAUGGUCUCUCUGAGUCUGUUCAAGACAUUGCUCAGUCUCAACUGUGAAGACCUCAUGCUCCAGCUUGUUCUCAGGUAUUUUGUGUGCUUGGGUGUGUGACUCAAUUAGCAAUCACGAAAGCCUACAAAAUAUG